CGCUGCAAAUCUAUGUUUUCUUCCACUACACAUCUCUAGUUUGCGCGCUAUUAUUAUUUGCUGUUUUCCGUUGAUUGAUAAUAUUUAAUUAAUAAUGGCACACAAAUAUGAGCUGAGUCAAGGAGCCAAACAGAAAUUCGUGGAGGCAGCUGCGCGGGCUAAGAAUCCGGUGGAAUCCCUCUCCUAUCAAAGCUACAAGGCGCCUUCUGGGGAAGAGUUCAAACUGUUCUGCAGGACAAAAAGCGACGCGGAUCCAAAGAUGAUUAAAUGGGCCUUCAAGUUGGCGGAAACAAAUGUGGGGCCCUUUUACAAGCAGCUGAAGAUGGGCUGGCAGCCGAAGAUCAAGACGGCAGAACUGAACAAGAACUGGGCCCGCUAUCUAGUGGCUCAAAACGACAAAAAGGAAAACGUUGCCUUCUCCAUGUUUCGCUUUGAUAUGGAUCAUGGAGACUGCGUCCUGUAUUGCUACGAAAUGCAUGUGGCAGCGGCAUACCAAAGGAAAGGUUUGGGGAAGUUCAUUAUGAAAACCCUCGAGGAUUGCGCUCGCCAUUGGAAUUUGGAGAAGAUCAUGCUUACCGUCCUCAACAACAAUGAGACUUCCAUAUCCUUUUACAAGCAACUUGGCUAUGGCAAGGACGAAAUCUCCCCAGAUGUCUUGGAGGAAGCUGACUAUCAAAUCUUUAGCAAAUCCAUGCUAAGUUGAGUCUUUAUUGGACUCUAGACAUUAUAAGACAUAAAUAGUGAUUAUAACAACAA